AAAUCUAGUAAAAAGUGAAAGGCCAACAUGGCCGGUGCCAUCGUCACUGGAUCUUUUUUCCUUUACUAACGACCUUGCCUGCCCCAAGCUCUUAAAAAUCUUUUCCUUUGCUUUCUUUUACUUCCAAGCGUCAGCCAAAAAAAAUACUUCUCUCUUCUUCUCAAUCUCCUCUUUUGAUCUUCCUCCCUUCACCAUCAUAAUUCAUUCAUUUUCUCUCUCAAUUUGCAAAUCUCAAAAAGUCUAAAAGAUAAUGAGAUAAAGUUGGAGAGAGAAACACUCACCCAAUACAUAUCACUGCAAUAAUUCACUUUUUCUUUUCCACUAUCUUUUAAUUUGCCACUUCCACUUAUCUCUUUCCCUUCUCUUCUUCACGUAGAGAGAUCUCUCUCUCUCAAGUAAGUUUUGUGCAACUUCCAGACUGCUGAAGGUUGGAUUCUCAAGUUGAGCUAUACUGUUUUUGGUUAAGAAGACAGAUAUAAAGAAGAAUUCUGAGAAAUGUCUAGCUCUGUAAAACUUCUGGAUCCUGCAUUUCAAGGAGUGGGUCAGAAACCUGGGACUGAAAUCUGGCGUAUUGAGAAUUUUCAACCAGUUCCGUUGCCAAAGUCUGACUAUGGAAAAUUCUACAUGGGGGAUUCUUACAUUGUCUUACAGACAACACCUAGCAAGGGUGGUUCAUAUCUGUAUGAUAUACACUUCUGGAUUGGGAAAGAUACAAGUCAGGAUGAGGCUGGAACAGCAGCUAUCAAAACUGUUGAGCUAGAUGCAGUACUAGGUGGCCGUGCUGUGCAGCACAGGGAACUUCAAGGCCAUGAAUCUGAUAAAUUUUUGUCUUACUUUAAACCAUGCAUUAUACCAUUGGAGGGUGGUAUUGCUUCUGGAUUUAAAAAACCAGAAGAAGAAGAGUUUGAAACACGGUUGUAUGUCUGCAGAGGAAAGAGAGUUGUUAGAUUGAAGCAGAUUCCUUUUGCUCGGUCUUCACUGAAUCAUGAUGAUGUAUUUAUCCUGGACACUCAGAAUAAGAUUUAUCAGUUCAAUGGUGCAAACUCAAAUAUUCAGGAAAGGGCGAAGGCAUUAGAAGUUAUUCAGUUUUUAAAGGAAAAGUAUCAUGAUGGAACAUGUAAUGUUGCAAUUGUUGAUGAUGGGAAAUUGGACACUGAGUCCGACUCUGGUGAGUUCUGGGUCCUCUUUGGUGGUUUUGCUCCAAUAGGCAAGAAGGUUACCAGUGAAGAUGAUGUUAUCCCUGAGACUAUUCCUGCUAAACUUUAUAGGAUUAAGAAUGUUCUUAUGGUCACCAUUAUUAAGGCUAAUAUAGAUGAACUGAACUUUCUUUGCAUAACUGAGCUGAGGAUUUUACUGCUGGUGAGAGUAGAUCAAAAAACACGCAUAACCGUGUCAUCCAAGAGGAAAGUAGCCGCUUUCCUGAAGCAACAAGGAGUUGGUGUCAAGGGGAUGAGCAAAAGUGCUCCUGUUAAUGAAGAAGUUCCUCCUUUGCUUGAAGGCGGUGGAAAGAUGGAGGUAUGGUGCAUCAAUGGCAGUGCCAAGACACCAUUGCCAAAAGAGGAUAUUGGUAAAUUCUAUAGUGGAGACUGCUACAUUGUUCUUUAUACCUACCACUCAGGUGACAGGAAAGAAGAUUACUUUCUAUGCUGUUGGAUUGGAAAGGAUAGCAUUGAGGAGGACCGAAAGAUGGCUGCUCGGUUGGCUAAUACAAUGUUUAACUCACUUAAGGGGAGGCCUGUUCAGGGUCGAGUGUUUGAAGGUAAAGAGCCACCCCAGUUCAUUGCACUUUUUCAACCUAUGGUGGUCCUUAAGGGUGGUCUAAGCACUGGUUACAAAAAGAAUAUAGCAGACAAAGGCUUGACAGAUGAAUCCUACACGGCAGAUUGUGUUGCUCUAUUUCGUAUAUCAGGAACCUCCAUUCACAAUAAUAAAGCAUUGCAAGUUGAUGCGGCGGCAACAUCAUUGAACUCGAAUGAGUGCUUCCUCCUGCAAUCUGGAUCUUCAAUUUUCACUUGGCAUGGAAACCAAAGCACCUAUGAACAGCAGCAAUUAGCUGCAAAAGUUGCUGAAUUUUUUAAGCCUGGAGUUGCUCUUAAACAUGCUAGAGAAGGAACAGAGACCUCUACAUUCUGGUUUGGACUUGGGGAGAAACAAAGUUAUACCAGCAAAAAAGCAUCUUUUGAGACUGUCAGGGAUCCCCACUUGUUCACUUUCUCUCUUAGUAAAGGAAAGUUUGAGGUUGAGGAAGUAUACAAUUUCUCUCAGGACGAUCUCUUGACAGAAGAUGUUUUGAUACUUGACACACAUGCUGAAGUGUUUGUUUGGGUUGGUCAGUCUGUAGACACCAAAGAAAAGCAAAAUGUUUUUGGAAUUGGCCAGAAAUACAUAGACAUGGCUGCAUGUCUAGAGGGUUUGUCUCCAAAUGUUCCACUUUACAGAGUUACUGAAGGAAUGAACCCUGCUUCUUCACACAUUCUUUCAUGGGAUUUCACCCGAGCUACUGUGCAAGGGAACUCAUUCCAGAAGAAGGUGGCAUUGCUCUUUGGGGCUAGCCAUGCUGUGGAGUCCAAUGGGAACCAAGGGGUUCCCACUCAAAGGGCUUCAGCUUUAGCUGCCUUGUCUUCUGCUUUAGCUGCCUUGUCUUCUGCAUGCAAUCCAUCUUCUGCCAAAUCAACCCUUUCAGAUCGAUCCAAUGGAAAUCAAGGCGGACCUACACAAAGAGCUUCAGCUUUAGCUGCCUUAUCAUCUGCAUUCAAUACAUCAUCAGGAAGCAAGACCUCAACUCCAAAGCCUUCCAGCACUAGUCAGGGAUCACAAAGAGCUGCAGCUGUAGCUGCUCUUUGCUCAGUUCUUACUGCCGAAAAGAAGAAACAAUCACCUGAUGCAUCACCUACAAAAUCCACUAGCAGCACUCCUGCAAUGACCAGCCCACCGGCUGAAGCAAAGAGUGAUGUUGACCCUUCUGAAGCAGAGGAUUCUCGGGAGGUUGCUGAAGCCCAUGAGACUGAUAUAGUCUCUGAAACAAAUGGAGAGGAUGAGAUACAGCAGUAUGAGAAUGGGAGUGGAAGCACUCAAAGUACAUUCCGUUAUGAGCAACUGAAGGCCAAAUCUGAAAAUCCUGUGACUGGAAUUGAUUUCAAACGGAGGGAGGCUUAUUUGUCUGAUGAGGAGUUCCGGACUGUAUUCAGGAUGGCAAAAGAAGCAUUUUAUAAAUUGCCAAAGUGGAAGCAAGACAUGCUAAAGAAGAAAGCUGAUCUAUUCUAGAGCAUGAACCCAUUUAAACGAGUAAUUUAUGUGCUUCCUCUGCAGCUUUUAUUCUAAAAAUCAAUCCCUCAUUUAAUUCGAUCUUCACUUCUGCCUGAAAAUUGCCUGGAUUGCCCUGUCUUAGUUCUUUUUCAUUUGCCUUUUUGAUGAAUGUGGCUGCGGUUAGUAUCCGGAUUGAUUGUGAUGUUGCCUGAAAGGGUGAUUUUUUAUUUUUUUUGUUCCCCCUCUCCUCUUAGCCUCACUGCCUUUAUAAUGAUCACAUAUUGUAGUUAAGGACAAGUGGCAGGUCAACAUUCUUUUUAUUUGGUUGGCAUGUAUUUAAUCUUUGUAGUUAUUCAUCUUUGAUCUUUUGUCCAUGUUUUAAUUUGUUAAAGGAGGAGGUGGUGUAUAUGAUUUGCAUUUGUAUUGAACUCCAAUAUAAGUAAUGAAAAUUCAUGGUUUGAGAAGUUAUGUUUUCAUGUUG